AUGCCUCUGCCAAUUCGCUCCUCGAUAUGUUUCCUUUGUCAGACUAAGGCGAGCCUGAUGGCUCCAUCCAUUCUCCCGGCUUCAGCGCAGACGACACGAGGCAUGGCCACGGCUCGAUUGCGCCGCAAGGCUUCUCGCAUGGCUCUAUCUCCCAACGUGUCCAAGCAAUCGCUACCAUCAACCACCAAGCCACGAAGAGAACGAGCCGGCCCCUUUGCUUCGAUGAACCAGACCCAGGCACGCAUUCGGGAUACCACACGACCACGAUCGCAAGCAGCUCUCAAGCGCUCGGGGGAGGAAGGAAAGACAGAAAAGAAAGAAAGCCCUUUGUACAAAGCAUUGAAGAUGCAGGAAACCUUAACGCCUAUACCCUACGGUCGACGCUCUUCCAUCAAAACUCGACUUGCCAACAUCACUAGCUUCGACCACUUCCCUUUCCUUCCCGCAGUGCGACAGUCCGUCUUCCUACAGGCCUUGCCGGGUCUGAGUGACGUCACGCCAACACCUAUUCAACGCCUUGCUAUCCCCGAGCUUUUGUUGGACGAGUCGAAGAAGAAGCAGAAGAAAGUAAAGAAGGCAGGCGAGGAAGACCCAGAAUAUAAUUUCGACCAAUACCUACUGGCGGCCGAAACAGGCUCCGGAAAAACUCUCGCAUAUUUGCUUCCAGUCAUCGAUGCUGUCAAGCGUGCGGAAGCCCGUGAGGUUGAGGAGGAGAAGGUUGCCGAGGAACAAAAGGCACGAGAGCGGGAGGAAAGAAUGAAGAACAAGGCGUUUAGCCUGGAACCCGAAGAGCCGCCGAUGACCAAUGCCGCUCGUCCACGAGCCAUCAUUCUUGUACCGACUUCAGAGCUGGUGUCUCAGGUAGGCGCCAAGCUGAAAGAGCUGGCUCAUACAGUCAAGUACCGUUCUGGCGAAAUCGCAUCGACCUUCACCCCCCGUCGGAUCAAGAACACCCUCUUCCACCCAGCUGGCAUCGACAUUCUCGUUUCGACCCCUCAUCUUCUCGGCUCUGUAGCAAAGUCGAACCCCAACAUUCUCAGCCGUGUCACUCACCUCGUCCUCGACGAAGCUGACUCCCUGAUGGAUCGCUCAUUCAUCCCCACCACAACCGAGAUCAUAGCAAAAGUCAACCCAUCUCUCAAGAAGUUGAUUCUGUGCUCUGCCACAAUCCCCCGCAGUCUUGACAACCAGCUGCGCAAGCGCUUCCCUGAUAUCCAGCGACUUACGACACCUAACCUUCACGCCAUUCCUCGUCGCGUGCAGCUCGGUGUUGUGGAUAUCGAGAAGGAGCCGUACCGCGGAAACCGAGACUUGGCUUGCGCAGACGUCAUCUGGUCGAUCGGAAAAGCAGGUGACAGAUACGAGUCUAGCGAGACAUGGGGACCUCUAAAUGCGUACAUGGAGCAAAAGACCAAGAAGAUCAUUGUGUUCGUGAACGAGCGCGAGGAAGCCGAGGAAGUUACCAAAUUCCUCCAGUCCAAGGGUAUUGAUGCUCUCUCGUUGUCUCGCGACACCGAUUCCCGAAAGCAGGAGGAGACCCUCAACGAGUUCACAGAGGUCAAGCUUCCUCCGACGGCAGAGGAGAUCAUGCUCAACAAGAAGAAGAACCGCGCUGGCGCGGGCAUCCCAUUCGAAAUGCCCGAAACUGCCAAGGAGACACCCUCUCGCCGUCUUCCUGAUACCAAGGUUCUUGUAACCACGGAUAUCGCUUCGCGUGGCAUCGACACACUGGCCGUGAAGACUGUCAUCCUCUACCACGUUCCCCACACCACGAUCGACUUCAUUCACCGUCUUGGUCGUCUUGGCCGCAUGGGUAAGCGCGGUCGUGGUGUUGUCUUGGUGGGCAAGAAGGACCGCAAGGACGUUGUUCGUGAGGUUCGCGAAGGUAUGUUCCGUGGUCAAGCUUUGAUCUAG